AUGUUGAGUUUUUACUACUACAGAGAAGAAGGCAACUCACUCCUUGUGGUCUCAGGAGGAAGUCUGGUCUUACAGAGGGGACUGCUUCCAGACGGAGACACCAGGAAAAAGAAGAGAAAUGCCUCUGCGUGCCCCGUCAGGACCAACCGGGACCGGGUGCCCACUUACCUGUACUGCAUGGAUUUCGAGAAGAUGGGCAAAUGCAUCAUCAUAAAUAACAAGAAAUUUGACAAGGCGACAGGUAUAGAUGUCCGCAAUGGGACAGACAAAGAUGCAGAGGCCCUCUUCAAGUGCUUCCGAAGCCUGGGUUUUGAAGUGACCGUCCACAAUGACUGCUCUUGUGCGAAGAUGCAAGAUCUGCUUAGGAAAGCCUCUGAGGAGGACCACAGCAACUCAGCCUGCUUUGCACGCAUCCUGCUGAGCCACAGAGAAGAGAAUCUGAUUUACGGGAAAGAUGGCGUGACACCCAUAAAGGAUCUGACAGCUCAUUUUAGGGGAGACCGAUGCAAAACCCUGUUAGAGAAACCCAAACUCUUCUUCAUCCAGGCAUGCCGAGGAACGGAGCGUGAUGACGGGAUCCAGGCUGACUCGGGGCCCAUCAACGACACUGAUGCUAAUCCCCGGUACAAGGUCCCCGUGGAAGCUGACUUUCUCUUUGCUUACUCCACCGUUCCAGGUUAUUACUCAUGGAGGAACCCAGGAAAAGGCUCCUGGUUUGUGCAGGCCCUCUGCUCCAUCCUCAACGAGCACGGUAAGGACAUGGAGAUCAUGCAGAUCCUGACCAGGGUGAACGACCCGGUGGCCAGGCACUUCGAGUCCCAGUCUGACAAUCCGCGCUUCAACGAGAAGAAGCAGAUCCCGUGUAUGGUGUCCAUGCUCACAAAAGAGCUCUACUUUGGCCGUUGA